UAAGCCUCAAACUAAAACAGACUGAGACAGGUUUUUGUAAUAUUAUCUUGAUUUGUUUAUGUUUGAUCUUUGUUUUCCUCGUAUGAUGUCUGUAAAUCUCUCGAUUUCCUCAACUACUUCAAUAAUAUUUUCCUAUCCUUCAUUUUCAGGACUUUGACUUACUUAUCAACGGGCAACUGGGAGUCUUUCUCGCGAAAUACCUUCUGCAUUGUACGCAGGAAGCUUGAUGGGUUCGAGAUUCCCAUCUCAUCAGCUCAGCAAUGGCCUCUACGUAUCAGGUAGGCCAGAGCAACCUAAGGAAAGAACUCCCACCAUGAGCUCAGUAGCAAUGCCUUACACUGGUGGUGAUAUUAAGAAGUCGGGAGAGUUGGGGAAAAUGUUCGAUAUACAUGUGGAUGGCUCUAAGUCCCGGAAGUCUGGACCUAUAUGUGGUGCCCCUUCAAGGACUGGAUCUUUCGGAGGCGCUGCUUCACACUCUGGACCCAUCAUGCCUACUGCAGCGCCUCGGGCAGGCUAUACCACCUCUGGUCCUGGACCUACAGGAGGCAUGUCCGGUUCAGCUUCGUUAAAGAAGUCGAAUUCUGGACCAUUGAAUAGACACGGGGAUCCAGUGAAGAGAACAGCUGGCCCCCAAUCUGGUGGACUAACAUCAAGUGGACGCCAAAAUUCUGGUCCUAUCCCUGUUCUUCCUGCAACUGGUCUCAUCACGUCUGGGCCAAUCUCAUCAGGUCCACUAAAUUCAUCCGGGGCUCCUAGAAAAGUAUCUGGUCCUUUGGAUUCAAUGGGAUCAAUGAAAGUGCAUGGCUCUGCUGUGAACAUUCUUAACCACGAAGAUGAUGAAUUUUAUCUUAAGAGGAACUUCCCGAAACCAAUCUUAUGGUCGUUGGUAUUGCUUUUUGUGAUGGGCUUCAUUGCUGGUGGCUUUAUUCUCGGAGCUGUUCACAAUGCCAUUCUCCUCAUAGUUGUGGUGAUCCUUUUCGGUACUGUUGCUGCAUUAUUUGCUUGGAACUCAUGUUGGGGAAGAAGAGCGAUUAUGGGUUUCAUUGCUCAUUAUCCCGAUGCCGAGCUCCGAAAUGCAAAGAAUGGGCAAUUCGUGAAGAUCUCUGGGGUUGUAACAUGCGGAAACGUACCUCUUGAAUCAUCCUUCCAGAAAGUUCCUAGAUGUGUCUAUACAUCUACUAGUUUAUACGAGUAUCGUGGAUGGGAUUCCAAAGCAGCCAAUCCUAAACAUCGCCGGUUUACGUGGGGGCUCCGAUUGUCAGAAAGGCAUGCGGUUGACUUCUACAUCUCCGAUUUCCAGUCGGGUCUGAGAGCUUUGGUAAAAACGGGCUAUGGAACAAGGGUGACUCCUUACGUGGAUGACUCUAUCGUCGUUGAUGUUAACCCUGCCGAAGAAACAUUACCUCCAGAUUUCAUUAGGUGGCUUGGAGAAAGGAACCUUUCAAGUGAUGACCGUGUAAUGCGGAUUAAAGAAGGAUACAUCAAAGAAGGAAGCACAGUUAGUGUAAUGGGAGUUGUUCAAAGAAACGACAGCGUGCUCAUGAUUGUCCCCCCAUCCGAGCCAAUCACAACAGGAUGCCAGUGUACAAAGUGCGUUUUCCCGGCCGGUCUCGAGGGCAUUAUAGUGAGAUGUGAGGAUACAUCAAAGACCGAUGUUAUUCCGGUCUAGUAGUAUGCGCCUCGUGAACUUUUUGAAUGACCAACUCCACCAGAAAUAGCUCACCAUCAAAACUAAGCCCAGCUGGUUCAGCAGGCUGAAGCAAUCCGUCGACCAUUCCGCCGAACACAUACAAAUACCGACCUGAAUCAUCAACGCAGGCUCGAUGAAAUGAUCGGCAUCCGGGUUUAUAACCUUGGGUUUAAUAAGUCUUCUCUACUUGUUUGCCAACAAUCUCUUCGAACCCAAUCCUGUUGGAUGCAUUCUUUCUAAUGUAUGCGGCUGAUAUCCAACGCCCAGAAAUCAUAUUUUCUAUGCCUCAAUGAAUCCUCUCCUCCAUGAAUUAGUAACUUUCCCCCGACUAUUGAUGUAGCAGAAUGUCCGACUCGUGGGAGUGAAACUCCGGCUGGUACGUUCUGCAAGUCAUAGAAGACUUGAACUCAUUUAGAGUAACCUUCGGACACAUGCAACACCCAUAUAUCGUUCAAAACUUCGUAUCCCAAUCCCCUCCCACUGAACAAAAUUGUCUGUGUUUCGCUAAUGCAUGUCAAUGAAUGUCCUGAACGAGCUGGAGGCGACGGAUGGCUAACGAUCUGAUGCCAUGUUCCGAAACAUUGAAUUUCAGACAAUUCUAUAACCCAUGUAUCAUCUAACCUGACUCCAUUCAAGCCAAUUCCGCCGUGGACGACCAUCCUCCUGGAGCUUAUACAACAUGCAGCAUGGGCUCCUCUAGGCGGCGGAGACGUGGAGCCGACAUCGAGCAGCCGCCAUGACAGUGAGAUGCCAAGGUUUUCAUGGAUUGAAACUUGUCCCAACCAUGUAUCACUCUGCCGGUCGCCUCUGUCGUUGAUUCCUCCAAACAAAACAAGAUAAUUUU